AUGUCUGACGACGAAGCCGACCCCGAGCUACUGGCUCUCCUUCGACAGUCAUUGGGGUUGGGGAACAAUGGGAGCAAAGCUUCACCGCCGAAUACACGCGUCUUGGAAUCAGCAGAGUGGAUUUGCAACAACGCAAUCGACGUCGCCAUCUCCAGCAGUAACACCAAGAAGGCGGCCGAACAGAUCUACCAACUCAUGCAGCAGAAAUCCUACUCGACAGGGACGUGGUCCAGUCACGCUCUGCAUCCAAAGCUCACCAAAGACAACGAGGAGGAAACUGUGAAUUUCAUCUUCACGAUGAAUCUGCUCAACUUCUCAUUUUGGUCGGGACUGUCGGAGACGGAGAGGUUCGCUGUGGAGUUCAGAGGCGGGAGGUGGACGGGAUACUGGUCCCUUGUUGCGGCGUUGCAGAGGGCCCUUGAGGAGGGACACGCGAUCACCAGCCCGGACUUCUGGCAAGAUCGCGACGCAUGUCCCGACAGUGUGCUCGAGCAUGUGUUCCGGUCCGCCACAGAUGAGCCGAUGCCUCUGUUGAGUGAUCGAAUUUCUAUCCUCCGCGAGGCGGGCGAUAUUCUUUACCAUCACUUCGACUGCAGACCGGUAAACCUCAUUCAGCAAGCAAACGGUUCGGCAGCGGCACUGGUGAACCUCCUCGCUGAUCAUUUCCCAAAUUUCCGGGACGUCGCCUACUUCCAAGGCCGACGAGUCCACCUUAUGAAGCGUGCACAGAUCCUCGUGGCAGACAUCUGGGCGUGCUUUCAGGGUACCUCAUACGGCUCCUUCUCAGACAUCGACUCGCUGACGAUGUUUGCCGACUACCGUAUCCCCCAGAUGCUGCAGAGUCUGAACUGCCUCUGGUAUUCUCCGCGCUUGGAAUCGAAGAUUUCUCGGGCUGAGUUGCUAGAGCCAGGCCAGGAGCUUGAAGUCGAAAUUAGGGGUUGCAGCAUUUGGUGUGUGGAAUUGGUCCAGCGGGAGAUCCUGAAGAAGCACUCCGAGGUGAAGGGAAAGGUGAACGCGGUGCUGAUAGAUUUCUUCUUGUACGAUACGUGUAAAGAAAUGGAGAAGAGGGGUGAAUUGGACGGGUCGUUGCCGCAUCAUCGGACAAGAUCAAUAUUCUACUAG